AUGUUUUUGGACUUAGAAGAAAUUUCAGAUUGUAGUGCUGAUAACGUGCGAGUUUUUUCCUCCAGUAAUCUAGAGGAUUGGCAUGAAGAGCUGAAAGUAUGCAAUAGCAAAAAGGAAGAAAAUAAAGCAAUUGCAACAAUACGAGGCACGCCCUAUUUAAAGGUAGAGUUUAAGAGCGAUGCUAGUAUCAACGGAACCGGGUUCUCCUCAUUCCUUACUACAGAAUGUGGCUCGAACAUAACUAACAGCAAUGUGGGCACAAUUAUAGGAAAUCAUGUCAUGCGUUCGCGCUUGAUGAACUUUACUUGUUUGUGGCAUAUUGAGGUAAGACCAGGCAAGCAAAUAAGCGUUGAAUUCAAGUUUAAUAGAACAAUUUCAACUGAUAAAGACUGUGCACAGUAUGCGAUAGUAUAUGAUGGCUUAGAUAGUCAUGCACCAAUUUUUCCACCUGGUCAUAUUUGUCAAGCAGUUGGUCACACUGUAAAUUUGUUAACAACCAGUACCAAUCAUGCAAUUAUCAAAUAUGUUUUACCGUUUUCUUGGAUAACUUUUAACAGAGCCCAAAUAUGGAAUAUUACCUAUCGCGAGUAUAGUGAGUGUGAUGAAGAAAUUUAUUUAACGCACUAUGCCAGUUACAUAAAUAUUAGUUCGCCACGUUAUCCGAACGUACCUCAUCCACACACUGAAUGCAAAUGGAUCAUAAUUGGACCACCUGGAGAAACACUCCAACUAAGUUUUAUAGAUCGAUUUGAUAUGAAUACUCGGUAUUGCGAUAAAGAGUUCAUUGAGAUAUUUGAUGGAGCAACUGAUUUGGCUCCUAACUUAGGUCGCUUUUGCAGGCGUCCGAAUAUUGUACGCUCUACAUCCAACAUAUUGACCAUACAUUAUUUCACCGAUAUCGCUGAACCUCAUAAUGGUUUUCGUGUAAAUGCUUCUAUUGCUAGGUGUGGUGGAAGUUACAAUUCAAUGUAUGGUGAUAUUACCUCAUCGAAUUAUCCGGCUCUUGGUGCAUAUCCCAAAAAUACGAUAUGUGAAUAUUCAAUAAAACUAAUUAGAAAUGCUCGCAUGAUUUUAAAUUUCACGGAUUUACACAUUCCGUUCAAUAAUAAUAAUGUAAAUAAUUCAGAUCAUCUAGAUAUAUUCAGAAUUCUCGAUGAGAACACUACCGAAUUAGUAACUGUUAUAUAUGGAAAUGAAACAUUACCCCAAGUGGAGAUUGAUGCGAAGGAAGUGUUGAUAAUAUUUUCAACAUUUCUUGAAAAUCAUAACUAUCGUGGAUUUAAAAUAAAUUAUAAACGAAUUUCUAGUACAUGCUAUCGAUAUGUUAGCGGGCUAUCUGGUAAUAUUGAAUUAGAUAUUCCAAGAGAUAAUUCAUUGCCCACAUUUUGUCGUUGGAAAAUUACUGUACCAAAAGGACAAGUAGUACGUUUCGAACUCCUAGAUACUGACAGAUUUAAUAGAUUGGUUUCAAAUAAUGGAUCGGAAACAUCGCCACCACGUUCUCAAGUCAACUAUUCUCUUAAUUUUAAAAUCUUCAAUAGCAUCGAUUCCAUUGCUAAGAUAACUGAAUUCUAUUUUGAAGACUACAAUUCCUCUAACAUAAUACAGUCAACCGAUAACUUAAUGUAUAUCCAAAUUAGAAUCGGUCGAUUAAUUCACUCAAUACGCAAAAUACAUGCACGUUAUUCUUCCGACCAUGAAUCGCACUGCCCGGUGGAUAUUCCAACUCAUAUUACCUCCGGUUUCUUAUCUGUAACUGCGGAUCAAUUCAAUUAUACGAACUUUUACUGUCGCACUCAAUUUUAUCAGAAUGGCGAUCAGACUUUGACAUUUAACAUUAGCUCACUUGUUUACGGCCACAGCAAUACGUACUACCAAAUCAGUCCGGUACGGUUUAAGGACGAGCAACUAUUUGUACCAUUUGUUGCGCUUACUUCAAAUGCUAGCAAUAUGGUAAUUUCUUCUUCUGCAAAGAGGGGCUCCAUAAUUACCUUCCAAACUGAAUUUGUGCAAUUUAAGGAAUUUAUGGUAAACUUCCGCCGUCACGAAUGCGGUGGAGUACAGCAAUUGUCAAACGGUUUUCAACUGAAAAGUCCGGAAUUUAGUAUUGAAAAUUAUGGACCUCUAGAAUGUGUUUGGAUUUUAAGAGCAACUUACACCACAUAUUACCACUUAAAUGGUACAAUAAAUUUUUCAGAUACUUGUGACCGAGAGUACUUGGUUGUAUAUGCAGGACCGUCAAAUCUAUUUCCGGAAAUAGGUCGAUUUUGUCGCGAUGUAACUGACUUUUCUGGUACUUCUACAUCCAAGUUAUUUACGCAUGUCCUAUACCAUGCUGAAAAUUUUAAAACAUCGGAAAGCAAUUUCAUUCUUGAAGCACAGACACAUAUUAUAUGUGGCAGUACCACCGCAAUUCGAGGACAAGUUUCCAAAAUCUCAGUUGAUUCCAAAACUUAUAAAAAUAAUAUGGAAUGCAGUUGGGAAUUUGAUGCAGCAAAUGGAUAUUACUUAGUUUUGUCAUUUGUUUAUAGAUUUUUCAUUGAAGAUUCUGAAAACUGUACAAACGAUCAAUUAGAAAUUCAGACUUAUGAAGCUGGCAUUUGGGUGAAAACAGCAACAUUUUGCGGUCGUGAAUCACCUGAAUCAUAUAACACCAAAUCAAAGCGAAUACGUAUCGUUUUUCGAACGAAUAAUGUCACUACUGGAGAUGGUUUCACCAUAAAUGUUCACUCCACCUGCAAUGUUGUCCAUGUUCUUACCGACGAAUUUAAUCAAGUCGUGGAAACCACUCGAUUGGCGAACAGUUUUAUAGGCAGUCCGCAAUGUGAGGUAACAGUGAAAACGGAAACGGAAAAGUUGAUAAUAGCCCAUUUGUAUAUGGGACUUAGAUUCUCUGCUGCAAAAACCUGCAAUUAUGAGCGUGUUACAGCAUAUGUAAAAAGCAAAAUUAAUGGUACCGAUAUAUCGUCUGGAGUUUAUUGUAAUGAUGCAGAAAUAAGAGCUCCUAACUAUCUUAGAUUAGUAUAUAGUGGAUACUUUGACAGAGGUGAUUCCUUAAAAAUGGAAUUCAAACUAAACAGUUGUGGUGGUAACAUAACAUCACCAACUGUUAUUUAUCCAUUGCAACAUGAAGAAAAUGAACAGUAUGCAGAUAAUAUGAACUGUAUUUGGUACUUGCGUGCAGCUCCAGAUCAGUCCAUUGUAGUUAAAUUCAAAUAUUUGGAUAUGGAAGAAAGUUUUAGUUGCUCCUUCGAUUAUAUUGCUUUAUAUUCGGGUACGAAUUUAAAUGACGAGAAACGUGUGGCCAGACUUUGUGGUAAUAUGACAGAUAAUUCCCCAGUCAUAAUGCUGGAUAGCAAUACUGGUGUUAUAAAUGCUGUAUCUGAUGUCAGUGUUGGAUCCAAAGGAUUCUCUGCGAAUAUUAUAUUCAUGCCAAAUUGCAAUGAACGCAUCACACUCUCAGUCGAUCAUCCAAUUGUGUCUUUACCACGACAGUUCAAUGUCACAGAAGAUCUACUGUGCCACUAUCGGAUAUUAGGACCACGAGGCUAUCGUAUUAAUAUUCAACUUAAACAAUUACAUAUAAAUAAUCAAACUUCCUGUCGAACUUUAGAAAAGUGUAAGUUGUGUAACUUUAUUGAAAUACUGGACAGCGCUGCUAACCGACGUUUAUCUAUGGGAAAAUAUUGUGAAGAUGUGCACACUACCAUAUCAUUAUUUACGUCAGUGGAAGACGCCUUAAUAAAAUUUGAUGCCACCAAUAAAAAGGGAAAGGUCGAAUUUGAAAUUGUAUUGAACUUGAUUGAAUCGGAAUGUGGAACAGAUGAAUAUGUACUACACAAUAAUGAGAUUUUGAAUAUUGCAUUUCCACUGAAGAACACUAGUGAACUUUAUCCACCAAAUAAACAUUGCAAGUGGAAAAUUAAAGCAACAUCUAACUUUGUAAUAAACUUCAACAAGUUUCUCUUACAAAAUGCCUCACAAGUGGAUAAUAAAUGUUUAGACUAUUUGCAUAUACAAGGAGAAUAUUUAUCUACCUACUACUGUGGUAAUUCAACUGGUUUCAAACUUCCUAUUGAUGAUUCGGAAAAGUCCAUUAUUCUAAGCUUCCAUAGUGACGAAUUUUUUGAAUACCCUGGAUUCAAUAUAACAAUUCAACAUCAACAAACGUGUAACAACAGCUACACUAAAUUAAAUGACCACAUCGAUUAUUAUAGGGGUACAUUUGAAGAGGUACAUUGUGUGGAUGAUAUACGUGUGCCGGAUGAUUACAAAAUAAGUUUCUACAUGAAAUCAAUAUUUUUUAACAUAUAUAACUGCUCCACCAGUUUACUUAAGUUUAUUGACUUGCAUACAAAUCAAACAUUAUUGGAGACAUGUCAAGACAGAUUUACUGAAAGUUCUCUACAUACAAACACAAGUGCUGUACGAAUAUAUGUAGACCAUUUCAGUUAUAUAAAAAUUGAGUACAUAGCAGUUAAUCGGUCGUUACCAGCAGGUUGUGGUGGAGAAAUAUACAACAAUGAUGGAGUACUAUCCAGCCCUUAUUAUGACAACGAUCGUAACUUUUCUAAUUGUAGAUGGGAUAUAAAAGUACCUUCACCAAACUAUAUUCGCAUUUAUUUUUCCAGCUUUGAUAUGGGAUCCAAAGUAAAUUGUCCGCUGGAUAAUGUAACCAUUUAUAAAAUUUUACCUAAUGGUUAUGAAGAAGUAUUUUUAACUCUAUGCGGCCAAAAUUGGGCAGGAGCUUGGGAUGCUGUAAAAGUACCUACCCACGAUAAUCUAUUUAACAAUUUAACUGGUAUAAUUGAAUCACCACCAGUCGGUUCCAUUGCUACUCAAGAGCCCUAUAGUUGGCGAAUAGAACUACCACGAGAUCAAUUAAUCACACUCGAGUUUAAGGAGUAUCUUAGUGGCUUAAACCUCUAUGAUGGGUUUAGUGACAUUGCUCUGAAAGUAGAAAUUCCUUUUUCUCCUUGGAGAUUUGUUUCAAGCACUAAUGUAGUCUUCCUAAAUUCUAUUAACGAUGAAUUACAACCAUUUCUAAUAAAUUGGAGUGCAGUUAGCAAAGAAGUUGUGAGAAGUAACCAAACAGUUAAUAAGUGUGGAGAAGACUUAAUAAUAUCCUUUAGUACAGCUGUAAAACUAAAUUCACCCGGUUACCCUAAUGGCUACGAUGAUAACUUGCACUGUACUUAUAUAAUCAAACCGGAAGAAAAUAUUCACCACGUUGUCUUUGAAUUAAUGUUUUUGGACUUAGAAGAAAUUUCAGAUUGUAGUGCUGAUAACGUGCGAGUUUUUUCCUCCAGUAAUCUAGAGGAUUGGCAUGAAGAGCUGAAAGUAUGCAAUAGCAAAAAGGAAGAAACUAAAGCAAUUGCAACAAUACGAGGCACGCCUUACUUAAAGGUAGAGUUUAAGAGCGAUGCUAGUAUCAACGGAACCGGGUUCUCUUCAUUCCUCACUACAGAAUGUGGCUCGAACAUAACUAACAGCAAUGUGGGCACAAUUAUAGGAAAUCAUGUCAUGCGUUCGCGCUUGAUGAACUUUACUUGUUUGUGGCAUAUUGAGGUAAGACCAGGCAAGCAAAUAAGCGUUGAGUUCAAGUUUAAUAGAACAAUUUCAACUGAUAAAGACUGUGCACAGUAUGCGAUAGUAUAUGAUGGCUUAGAUAGUCAUGCACCAAUUUUUCCACCUGGUCAUAUUUGUCAAGCAGUUGGUCACACUGUAAAUUUGUUAACAACCAGUACCAAUCAUGCAAUUAUCAAAUAUGUUUUACCGUUUUCUUGGAUAACUUUUAACAGAGCCCAAAUAUGGAAUAUUACCUAUCGUGAGUAUAGUGAGUGUGAUGAAGAAAUUUAUUUAACGCACUACGCCAGUUACAUAAAUAUUAGUUCGCCACGUUAUCCGAACGUACCUCAUCCACACACUGAAUGCAAGUGGAUCAUAAUUGGACCACCUGGAGAAACACUCCAACUAAGUUUUAUAGAUCGAUUUGAUAUGAAUACUCGGUAUUGCGAUAAAGAGUUUAUUGAGAUAUUUGAUGGAGCUACUGAUUUGGCUCCUAACUUAGGUCACUUUUGCAGACGUCCGAAUAUUGUACGCUCCACAUCCAACAUAUUGACUAUACAUUAUUUCACCGAUAUCGCUGAACCUCAUAAUGGUUUUCGUGUAAAUGCUUCUAUUGCUAGGUGUGGUGGAAGUUACAAUUCAAUGUAUGGUGACAUUACCUCAUUGAAUUAUCCGGCUCUUGGUGCAUAUCCCAAAAAUACGAUAUGUGAAUAUUCAAUUAAACUAAUUAGAAAUGCUCGCAUGAUUUUAAAUUUCACGGAUUUACAUAUUCCGUUCAAUAAUAAUAAUGUAAAUAAUUCAGAUCAUCUAGAUAUAUUCAGAAUUCUCGAUGAGAACACUACCGAAUUAGUAACUGUUAUAUAUGGAAAUGAAACAUUACCCCAAGUGGAGAUUGAUGGGAAGGAAGUGUUGAUAAUAUUUUCAACAUUUCUUGAAAAUCAUAACUAUCGUGGAUUUAAAAUAAAUUAUAAACGAAUUUCUAGUACAUGCUAUCGGUAUGUUAGUGGGCUAUCUGGUAAUAUUGAAUUAGAUAUUCCAAGAGAUAAUUCAAUGCCCACAUUUUGUCGUUGGAAAAUUACUGUACCAAAAGGACAAGUAGUACGUUUCGAACUCCUAGAUACUGACAGAUCUUAUAGGUUGGUUUCAAAUAAUGGAUCGGAAACGUGA